GCAAACCUUUACCUCUCCUACCAUUCCCUGGAUUCUAUUAAUCCUUUAAUUGCCUGCCUAGGUAUUUUCCCGUCUUAAAAUGUCUGCUAAACACUUCAUCAACGACCCAACCCACCUCGUCAACACAGCCCUGCGCUCGAUUCCCCACACAAACCCCUCCGUAUCCUGCGAUCUCGAGAAUAAGAUAAUCUACCUGAAACCGGGCUCUUCUCCCCAAGUCUCCAUUAUCUCCGGCGGUGGCAGCGGCCAUGAACCCUCUUUUGCUUCCUUCGUCGGGAACGGCCUGCUCUCCGGCGCCGUAGCGGGCACGAUAUUUGCAAGUCCGAGCGCGGAGCAAGUGCGACGAUGUAUUUUACAUAGAGUGGAGAAAGAGAAGGGAGUGUUGGUUGUAGUUAUGAAUUACACGGGAGAUGUGCUGAACUUUGGCAUGGCAGUUGAGAAAGCAAGAGCGAGUGGGUUGGAGGUGGAUAUGGUGGUCGUUGGGGACGAUGCGGGGGUUGGGAGGGCGAAAGGGGGGAAGGUUGGGAGGAGGGGAAUUGCGGGGACGGUGCUUGUGCAGAAGAUUGUGGGGGCUUUAGCUGCGAAAGGGGCGAGUUUGAAGCAGGUGUCAGAUGUCGCGCAGCUGACCGCGAACAACAUCGUCUCCAUCGGGUCCUCUUUAUCCCAUGUCCAUGUUCCCGGCCGGACCGUCGCGGAAGCAGGUGAAGACGAACUCAAUGAAUCAGAAGUUGAGAUUGGAAUGGGCAUCCAUAACGAGCCAGGCUCGGAACGCAAAACCACAGAUCUCCCGGGCCUUGUGAAGACGAUGCUAUCUCACUGCCUGGACGCCGCAGACAAGGACCGGAAUUUCCUGAAUAUUUCUCCGAGCGAUGAAGUUGUGUUACUAGUUAAUAAUCUAGGCGGAGUGAGCGUGCUGGAGCUCGGUGGCAUCACAAAUGAAGUGAUUGAGCAAUUAGCCAAUGACUGGAAGAUCAAACCUGUAAGGAUACUGGCUGGCACCUUCAUGACGAGUCUCAACGGCCUCGGCUUCAGCAUUACGCUUUUGAAGGUCGCCAAUACUGGAUUAGGAACUUCAAUGUUAGAGUUACUCGAUGCGCCUGCAGAAGCCAAUGGAUGGUCGGCUGCAAUCAAGAGUGGCACCUGGAAGAAGUCAGAGACGGCAUCACUGCAAAAGGAGCCCUCCUCCACGGAAGAAGCCCAGCCAAGUACUUUGAAAUUGGAUCCUUCGUUAGCCAAGUUAGCUAUGACAGCUGCUCUGAACAGGGUCAUCGUGGCGGAGCCUGAUAUCACCAAUUAUGACACAAUCGUAGGCGAUGGUGAUUGUGGAAUUGGCUUAAAGCGAGGAGCUGAAGCUCUGCUGAAGAUGCUGGAUAAAUCCAAAAAAGUUGACGACGCCCUCAUUUUUCUGCAGAACAUAAUACAGGUCGUGGAAAUAACCAUGGACGGGACCUCCGGAGCCAUAUAUGCCAUAUUUCUAAAUGCGCUUGCCCAUGGUCUGCGCCAGAAUUCACCCUCGUCGCCUGAACCAAUUACCCCAGCGAUCUGGGCAAAAGCCCUGGAAUCUUCCCUUCAAUCACUGAGCAAAUACACCCCAGCACAGCCAGGAGAUCGAACUUUGAUGGAUGCACUAUAUCCAUUCGUAACGACACUCUCAAAAACUGGAGACAUCGCAUUGUCGGCGAAGGCCGCGGAAGACGGCGCGAAAGGAACCAGGGGGAUGAAAGCAAGCUUAGGACGAACUGUUUACGUAGGAGGAGAAGGCUGGCAAGGGGUGCCGGAUCCUGGGGCGCACGGAUUGGCUGAAUUAUUGCUAGGGCUCAGCGACGGACUGAGCAAGUGA